AUGGAUCCCUACCUCUCUCGAACUCUCCAGUCGCUGACUCGGAGCAAAAUUCACGAGCUCAAAAAACAACGCAGUAAAUACGAAUCUCGCAAAGCCAAAGUUCUCGUGACCGCAGCUCAGUGCUCCGCCCUACGCGAUAAAGUCGCAUGCCUCCUGGCUGGAACCAAGGAGCUCGCACCGGGCGCCAGUAAAGAUAAUGCCAUUUUGAAUAUCGAGCACUGGAUUGAACAGGCUAAAUACGAUUCCUCAAUCCCUUCCGAGAAGCUCGAGUGCUUCGAAACACACCUAUGUAACGCGCUAGAUGCCCAUAGUCGAAAGCUGAGUCUUGCGGAUUUGUAUUCACGACUGUUGACUGAGUGGAUGAACCCGCCAUCCAAUCAGACCAAUGAGGCUACAAAAGCCUCCAGCGAGGACGACGACUUCCUCCUUAUUGAUGAGCGACAAAAACAAAGACUUAAGCAACUAUGCGAUCAGUUCGAGAGAACAGUCUUCGAGCCUCAUCAAACCGAUCAAAUUGAAAUCGACUUGUUUCUCUCCGGACUGUUCACAACCGAGAAAAGCAAGAACGCCCUGAAAUCCUUGCGCGAGCGGGUAGGGAGGGAGCUGGUGGUUAUCUGGGAAGAAAAAGACCCUUUUACCAUCGACUCGCUGUCUGACUGCAUCCGUGGCAUUCAGGCAGAGGAGGUAGUCAGUGAAGAGAAACAAGAGACCUUGAAACACUUCGUCAACAACAAAAUCGCACUGAACGAGAUUGCCGAUGUCCUCAACAUGCGAUAUGCGGACCUGAAGAAUUGGGACUGGCAUACUGAUGACGAGGGCGUACCCGUGCUUCCUCGUCAGCAGCUGAAUGGCAAAUACAGAAUCUGGAUGGACGAAGAUGUCCUCGAGACCAUUUUUGUGGAACACAUUUGCAUCAAGCUUUGCGUUACGUUUAAAAUUAUUCUGAAAGACUACAUCCAGAGCAACGCUGGUUGGAAGUUCACGCAGGGCCCGGAAUUGACGAAUCGUGAUCGCCUUCGACGACGAUAUUUCCUUGAAGAAAUCUCAGCUUUUGAUCAUUCCAACAAAGUGGAACAUUGUCGCGAGCAGGAGUUUGUCGAUACCUUUUUCCUUGCAUCUAUGCCAGAAGGUCAAGACACAUUAGCGAGCCGUGUUUGCGGGUAUGAUGAAGACGAAGAUGACGGUCAGCGAGGAAGCUCAGCUCCGAAGAGUGUGAAACAGCAGCUUCUGAGAAAGAUAGUGACCGAAACAUUUUUCCGCCGUCAAUUCUAUGGUCAGGCUGCUGUAAUUCAAUCGGAUCUACAGUGGUAUGCCACGUCGAUUCCGCACAGUACCGUCUCUGCCAUCUUGGAAUUCAUCGGUUUCCCGCGAGAAUGGAUUCAGUUUCUGCGAAAGUACCUUGAAACGCCUUUAAACAUGGACAACGCAUUUGAAGGACAUGAGAAAAUCGGACCUCGCAAGCGCAGACGAGGUAUCCCGAUCGCACAUGCUUCAGAGAAGGUGAUCGGGGAGUUGAUCCUAUUCUUCAUGGAUUAUGCCGUGAAUGAAAAGACCGGUCUGCUUCUGUAUCGUCUCCACGAUGAUAUUUGGCUGACCGGUGAUCCUGAAAAAUGUGCUCAGGCUUGGGAAGUCAUGCAAACUUUCGCUGGCAUCACCGGCCUCCAGUUCAACAAAAGCAAAUCUGGGUCGGUUUGUCUCGGUGACGCUGUCAGCGACCAAGUCAAGUCCCGCAUGCCUCAGGGCUCAGUCAAAAUUGGCUUCUUGAUGCUGGACCCGUCAACAGGAGAAUGGGUUAUUGAUCAUUCUCAAGUCGAUACACAUGUCCGGCAGCUGAAAAAUCAGCUUGAAAACUGCGAUAGUGUCAUCUCAUGGGUUCGUACCUGGAACAGCUGCAUUGGGCGGUUCUUCAAGAACACAUUUGGUGAGCCGGCGUACUGUUUUGGACGUCCCCAUAUCGAUGCCAUUCUUGACACGUACAAGAAGAUGUAUGAUAUAGUUUUUGGUACAGAGAAUACCCAGCCCGGGCAUACUGUCACAGACUAUCUGAGGAGAAGAAUUGAAUCUGAGUUCAACGUUUUCGAUGUUCCAGACGCAUUUUUCUUCCUUCCUGAGAAGCUUGGUGGUCUUGGCCUGCGAAACCCCUUCGUCUCGAUCUUCAUGCUGCGCGACACUUUGACAAAAUCGCCACGAGAGCUAAUGGCAGAGUUCAUGAAGAGCGAACGUGAAUCAUAUGGAGUUGAAAAGGAAUUCUUCGACAAGAAGACCGCGACUCAGCAACGUCGAAUCUGGCAGGACAUAGAAAGCAACAGUGAGCCUGAUGAGCUCAAGGAAGCUUUCUCACCAGGUGAGAAAGGCAGAUUCUUGUCUUUUGACGAGUGGAGCAAGUUCCGUGAAGCCAAAAGCUUCAAAUUGAGCGAACUGUAUGGUCAUUUCAUGGAUGUUCCUAGCUCGAGUUACCCAGCGAGAACACGCGCAGUGGGGGAUGCGGUGAGAAUGGCUCGGAACAUGUUCGAUAUCGGGAACCCGGGGGCGGAAAUGGAGUGGAAUCUGUACCUGUAUGCAGAGGACCUUUUGACCAAAUUUGGUGGGCUGAAUCUGGUGGACAAGCAGUUUUUGCCUAUGGGCGUGCUGGACAUGAUCAAAGGAAAGAAGGUGAGGUGGCAGAUGGUGCUAUAG